AUAUAUAUAUAUAUAUAAAGAGUAGUGGAAAUAAUAACAACUAACCACGUAAAAAAUGGUCCGACUUGCAGAGUUAGCUGGUGAUCAAAUUUCCGGAGAUCAAUCUCGGACAUUUGUUUUUCAAGACGAAGGCCACACUCUAGGAAAUGCUCUCCGGAGUAUUAUUACACACUAUCCCGACGUGGAAUUUUGUGGUUAUACCGUGCCACAUCCCGCAGAGCCGAAAAUGCACUUCAGGAUCCAGAUGAAAGGCAACGGCCGUGCCGUCGAUGCACUGAGACGUGGCCUCAAAGACCUCGAGGCAGCUUGCGAUCAUGUCACCCAGGUUUUUACUGAAAAAUAUGAAGCUUUUGUUAAUGAACAAUAAUUUUUUCUAACUUUAAAUUAAGUACUGUACAAAAAUACACUAUCAAUAAUAUUUCUUUAAUAUAAAUUAUAAAAUAAAUUUAUUA